AUGGACAUGACAUGCUCUGUGUGCAGCAGCGAUGCUCUCUUGUCGAAUGUCGACACACGGCAGGAGGACGCGGAGGUCGAGCAAAGUCGAAGGCUCCUGGAUGCUUUCGCAUACAUGACAGACGCGGAGAUCAAGUGCGCGAUCAAGGAGUACUCGUCGGUGCUAGAGGCCGAGGAGGAGAAGAAGGAGGACCGAGAUCAUCUGAAGAUAGUCUCAUCAGGGAGUGCGCAGCGGGGAGGCACUCUGUCCGAUGUAGGAAGGGAAAGUGAUGAGGGGGCCGUGGUCGAGGUGGGGGUCCAGCAACUCGAGGAGCAACGGAACUGCGAGCGCGGGCUCUAUGAGGAAGAGAUCACGCAGUUGGUGAAGGAAAGGCUCCGAGUGGAGCAGCAGACCGACAGUCUUCUGCAGCUGCUCUCGUUGGCUGUUGCUGACGCCGUGACGAAGGGUUCGGGUAGGCGGCAAAGACCGCCAUGCUCCCCGGAGAAGGCGAGGGGAGGGCGCGAGAGUGACUAUGUUAAGAGCAGAAGAGGCAGCGGGAAAAGGAGAGAGCAUCGUGACAGUACAGCUCGGUCCUCCGAAGCAGAGCGACAACGUCGUGGCGAGGUGUACGUGUCGUCGCUACCUCAGCGACUUCGAUUCGACGAGCCGCUAGUCCGGCUUGUUUGA